UUUCUUCACUCGUUUACUUCAACCAGUGGAGAAGGGGAAAGUUCAUAUCAAACUCCUCUUUCCCUUCUAACUUUUCAGUCUCUGCUCUCCGCUUCUGUCGCCCAACUCGUUCUCUUUCACUCUCCCUCCUCCUCUGUAUGAUAUGCCGAAGACAUGGCUUAUUGACAGUAGAACAAUCGCGAGGAAAGUUAAAAAUGCCACCCAAUUCUCUGCAUCUCAAACCAAAGAAAAUGGGGCAUAUCGGGAAUGCCCUAAUUGCCAUCAUCGCAUCGAUAACAGUGAUGUUUCACUUGAAUGGCCAGGCCUGCCUGCUGGUGUAAAGUUUGAUCCAUCCGAUGUAGAGCUUUUAGAACAUUUAGCAGGGAAGGUUGGACUUGGGAAUUCAGUACCACAUUUUUUUAUUGAUGAGUUUAUUUCGACACUUGAGGGGGAUGAGGGAAUUUACUAUAAGCAUCCCAAAAAUCUUCAUGGUGCGAAGAAAGAUGGAAGCCUUGUCCAUUUCUUCCACAGAACAGCUAAUGCAUAUGCAUCUGGCCACCGCAAACGCCGCAAAAUCCAAAAUCAAAAUUGUUUGACAGAAGAGGAUGUCCGCUGGCAUAAGACUGGUAAAACAAAGCCUGUAAUAGAAAAUGGAGUUUGUAAGGGAUGGAAGAAGAUAAUGGUUCUCUAUGAAUGUUCCAAAAAGGGAACCAAGCCUAAAAAGCUCGACUGGAAGAUGCAUCAGUACCAUUUAGGAAUGGAAGAAGAUGAAAAGGAAGGUGAAUAUGUAGUUUCCAAAAUUUUCUAUGAACAGCAGCAGAAGCAAAAUGAUAACAGUGAUGUCAAUCUGGCCAGUGAACAACCUGAUAGAGUGACAGGGGAUGCCAGUCCAAAGACCCCCAGGACAAAUACUCCUAAUCUGCAUCAACGAGGGAAGCGUCCUUUAUCUGAUGAAGACAAUGAAGACAAUGUAGAUAAUGAAUCUGGGUUCAUCCAAGAGAUACCUCGAUCCCCUCUGCCUGCUAUUCGUCUUGAUGAUGACAAGGUGGACAUUUCAUGGAUGGCAGGCGAAUCUCAGGCUGUCGAGAACCCUGAUCCAAAUGGCAUGAAUGACUCACUGUUGUGCAAUGAAAUUCUUGAUUUUUAUGCUCCUAUUGAUAAUCCAGGAGUAAGAAAUGACCCUUAUUUCCUGGACUUCAAUGGUAGAAGGAUGGAUGCAGCUGAAGGAGAUGCCAGCACCGACAACGGAAUACCUGACCUUGAUGGCAUAGAUCUGGGCACACCAGAUUUUGAGCUUGCGGACUUGCAGUUUGGCUCUGAGGAAAGUAGUAUGAGCUGGUUAGACCGGCUUUGGGGAUGAACUGAGGCUGCAUGUCCUAAGUAUGACUAUGGUAGCCCAAUUUUGUUUCAGACACUAGGUUGAUGGAUUUUCACCUCUACAGAAUAAUACAAUCUUGACCAUACUGAGCGGGUCUAACAUGUUUUGGUGGACCUAGUGACAGUUUUCACUAGGCCUUCAUUAUCCACAAGGCUUUUUAAGGCAGAUGGUACCAUUGAAGUUCUCUUCUCCAUGUAAUGGUUGAAGCUUUUCAAACAGCAGAUCUGUUUUUUCGAUGUUAGAUGGAAGAUUACAGUGUGGCCCAAGCCAUAUGCAGGUGUGGAAAAUGAUUCAAGCCUUUCAUAAGUACCAGCUUUACUUUUCUUCCUCUGUGAUUCUGAAUAACCGUUGUUUCCCUAGUCCGAAAUUCAGUGAGGUUGCAAUACAACUGUGCAGACAAGGAUGAUUGCUGCCUCUAGUGGUGUCAUGAUGUUUUUAGCUAUUUGCUGAGUAGCAACUGAACAAUGUAAUAGGUGCUAGACAUUUUAAUUAUGUGGUUUCAUUAAGAACAUAUUGUCUUUAUUUGGAUAUUUUGAUACAUGGUUUUAUUUAAAAUAUAUUGCCUUCAUUGGAUA